UUUCCCGCCCUCGCCACGCCCUGCGCCGUCGGUCGGGCUUUCCCACAAGCUGUAGGCUCUCGCUCCGCGCGCUCCUCCUCCUCGGUUUCACCCGGAGUCCAGGCCCCGCCUGUUUCCCUCCCCUAGGGCCUCCUCAGUCCUCUCCUGUCUCCUGCGCCUCUGCUACUUCUGCUGAAGGCGGAGGCUCCAUGUUGUCCCCUCAGCGAACCGCAGCGGUGGCAUCGAGAGGAGCAGGUGAUGCCAUGGAGAAUGGAAAACCUGGUCCAGUGCAGGUUGUUUUGGUUCACAAAGAACAACACUCCUUUGAGCUAGAAGAGAGCGCCUUGGCCAGCAUCCUCCUGCAGGACCACAUCCGAGAUCUUGAUGUGGUGGUAGUAUCAGUGGCUGGUGCCUUUCGAAAGGGCAAAUCCUUCAUUCUGGACUUUAUGCUGCGAUAUUUAUAUUCUCAGAAAGAAGAUGGUCAUUCAAAUUGGUUGGGUGACCCUGAAGAACCACUGACAGGAUUUUCAUGGCGAGGAGGCUCUGACCCUGAAACCACUGGGAUUCAGAUUUGGAGUGAAGUUUUCACUGUGGAGAAGCCAGGUGGGAAAAAGGUCGCAGUUGUUCUGAUGGAUACUCAGGGAGCAUUUGACAGCCAAUCAACUGUGAAAGAUUGUGCUACCAUCUUUGCUCUAAGCACCAUGACUAGUUCUGUUCAGAUUUACAAUUUGUCCCAGAACAUCCAGGAAGAUGAUCUUCAGCAGCUACAGCUCUUCACAGAAUAUGGCCGUCUGGCAAUGGAUGAAAUUUUCCAAAAACCCUUCCAGACACUGAUGUUUUUGAUUCGAGACUGGAGUUUCCCUUAUGAAUAUAGCUAUGGACUGCAAGGAGGAAUGGCAUUUUUGGAUAAGCGUUUACAGGUGAAGGAACAUCAACAUGAAGAAAUUCAGAACGUUCGAAAUCAUAUUCACUCAUGUUUCUCGGAUGUUACCUGUUUUCUCUUACCACAUCCAGGGCUCCAGGUGGCCACAAGUCCUGACUUUGAUGGGAAAUUGAAAGAUAUUGCAAGUGAAUUCAAAGAGCAGUUGCAGGCACUGAUACCGUAUGUACUAAACCCAUCUAAGUUAAUGGAAAAGGAGAUCAAUGGCUCCAAAGUCACCUGCCGGGGACUGUUGGAAUAUUUUAAGGCAUAUAUUAAAAUUUACCAAGGAGAAGAUCUGCCUCAUCCAAAAUCCAUGCUUCAGGCCACUGCUGAAGCCAACAAUUUGGCAGCUGCAGCCUCUGCCAAAGAUAUUUAUUACAGCAACAUGGAGGAGGUUUGUGGGGGAGAGAAACCUUAUUUGUCUCCAGACAUUUUAGAAGAGAAGCACCAAGAAUUCAGACAACUCUCUUUGGACCACUUUAAGAAGACCAAAAAGAUGGGUGGGAAGGAUUUCAGCUUCCGUUACCAGCAGGAGCUGGAAGAGGAAAUCAAGGAACUGUAUGAGAACUUCUGCAAACACAAUGGCAGCAAGAAUGUCUUCAGCACCUUCCGAACCCCUGCAGUUCUGUUCACAGUCAUAGCAGCGUUAUACAUAGCCUCGGGCCUCACUGGCUUCAUUGGGCUUGAGGUUGUGGCCCAGCUGUUCAACUGUCUAGUUGGAUUGCUGUUAAUAGCACUCCUUACCUGGGGGUAUGUCAGGUAUUCUGGUCAGUAUCGUGAGCUGGGUGGAGCUAUUGACUCUGGUGCAGCAUAUGUGUUAGAGCAGGCUUCUUCUCAUAUUGGUAAUUCUACUCAGGCUGCAGUGAGGGAUGCCAUCGUUGGGAGACCACCUGCGGAUAAAAAGGCUCAAUAGCAUCUUAAUGGCAAGAUUCAACAAAAGCCUAGUCAGCACCUGUGUUUCUGCAAAUGCCAUCAUGGGUCCAGUUCCAGAGGAAUGGCUGAUCUGAGACCAUCCUGGAAGAGCUGAGACAGGGCACCGUAAUAAAUGAACUGACCUCUCCUGUGGUUUCCAAUUCCACUUGUCUUGGAAGCAUUUCUUUUUCUUGCCGACAGACCCAAGGCUACUCUCUUCUCUCUUUGCUUUGUGCACUUUAAGGGGUGAGGGUGGGGGCCAAAAGGAAAACAUGGAAAUGCAGCUUUUAAGUCUUUGAUGUGCCACAUAGUGCCUUUUAGGACCAGUCUGUGCCUCUGCCAUCCAGGAAGGCUGAGGCAUGGAGGACAACCUCAUGAGAUGCGGUUUUGGAUCAAGUUCUCUUGGAUUUUGGAUUUCAGUUCUUUUGUACCUUUGAAAUUUGUUUUUCAAAAGUUUAUACAACUUGAAAAAGGCUCAGAACUAAAGGCCGACUGAAAUGAUACUUAUUACACUUAAACAAUUUCCCCCAGUACUGGUGAUUGAACCUAGCACCUGACAGGCUAGGUGAUUGGUCUACCCCGGAGCUGUCCCUGCCCGCUUAACUGUGCAGUCUCAGGUCUUGAAAUUACUUUGUUCCCAGGUUGGCUGUGAGCUUUCCAUCUUCUUCCUUCCUCUCUAGCUUCUUGAGUAGCUUGAAUACAGACCUGGCUACCUUGCUUCAAAACCUUAUUUAUAUGAAUUACCUUUGCUAUGCAUCAUGGAAAAAGUUAAAUCAUUUAAUAUUCUGUGUUGGAGAAUAUAAGGUCUUUUACACAGUAGGCUGGCAGUUUUAUUGAACUUACAUUUUUAUUUUUAUUCCUAUAGCUUCUUUCUAGAAAAGAGGCAAACAGUUCUUAAAAAAAAAAAACAGUGGUUAAUAAUAAGCUAGAUACUUCAUGGUAAAAUUGUAGUUUGAGUGAACCAUGUGACCUCUGAUAAGUCACUUGAACUUGUGUCUUGGUCAGAUUCACUGUACAUUUAUGUAUGUAUGUGUCACUCUCAAAAUUAGUCAUUUUCAACAGAGAAAAGACAUUACCAAAUAUUACUUCUUUUUUAUUGUUCAAUUUCAUGUUGCUUAGUGGUAAUACCAAAUAAUCAUAAUCUGAUCUAAAGUCUUUAUUCAAACUUUUUAGUGGGGGUGAUGUCUCACUGCGUUGCCCUGCCUGGCCUGGAACUGUCGAUACAGACCAGGCUAGCCUUGAACUCAUAGAGAUCCUUGUGCCUCUGUGUGCCACUGUGCCUGGCCCCAAACUGCUUUUUAUUCUGUGUACUGUCCAAUGUUCAUAAUAUCAAAGCUAAACUGUUAAUUUUAUUUAGUUAACUUUCCUUUUUUUCCCUUGAAGAAGGCACUCAGUCUAGCUGAACUAUUUAAAAUUCCCUCUUGAUUCUCCUUUUGGUUAGACUGGCAGUUUUAAAAUAACUGGCUUAUGAAGGACAAUUGCUCAGACUCUAAAAUCUCCUUUUUACAUUUACCUUGAUUAUGUAAUGAGGUUUUAUCUAUUUUUUUCCUUUGACUUUGUAAUGGUGAAUUAUUGUGAACUUAAACCUUAAAACAUGCCUGCAGGUAUAGAAGCCUUUAGUUGUUUUUAGGUAAUUUGAAAUUUUGUUGUGGGAAGGAGAUAGACUGGUUUUGGCAAAACCUAGUAAAAUUUUAUGUACAUGAAGUAUGAAUGGAAUGUAGAAAAAAGGAAGUCUUGCAUUUAAUUUCCUUAUCAGAAUUUUCUUCUUACUAAGUUUUCCAAUCAAGGAUUUAAAAAUUCUGAAUCAAUAUUAAGCAUUUUACAUAUUUUCAUACCAUCUUGUCCUGAAAUUCGUAGCAAUUUUUCCUUUUGUUGUGCCAUCUGGGAACAAUUCCAGUUUGUUUUAAAACUGUUCACUGCUUUUGAAUGAUGACUGACCAUGAAAGGGGUUGGAAGCUCAGUCCUGUAGUUGUACAGUUUUCAGGUAGUGUCCCCUAUCUGAAAGCUUGUACUGAGUGAUGGGCUCUGGAUACUGAGAUUCGGUUCGAGAGGGCUUUGGGUAUAUGGUCUUGUUAUGUAGUCCAGGCUGGCUUAUAACUUGCUUUGUAGUUCAGACUGACCUUGAACUUAAGGUUCUGCUGCCUCAGCCUUCCAGAGUGCUGAGCUUGUAGGUGUGUGUCCCCAUGCCCAUCUCUAGUUCUACUCUAUUUGUUUGUUUUGAAUUUUGGCUUUUUGAGACAAGACAGUGUUUCUCUGUGUAACAGCCUGGCUGUUCUGGAACUCGCUUUAUAGACCAGGCUGGUCUUACAGAGAAACCUCACAGAGGUCCACCUGCCUCUGCCUCCCCAGUGCUGGGAUUAAAGUUGUGCGCCCCCACCGCCACUUGGCUCUACUCUUAAUGGUAAGAAAAGAUGAUGUGGGAAAGAUUUGCUGUAAUACUUCAGUAUUACAUCUGUGUAUGAAUUUAAAGUGAAUGGUCUGUUAAUUAACUUAUUCUGCUUCUGGUACAUGUUUAUAAAGUUAUCUUUGAGGGUUCUUGUCCUCUUUUCUAACUUAAAUUGUUGAUUUUUGGUCACAUUUUUCAGUACAAAAUGCCUUUGAUGACUGGCUAGAAGUAGUCCUGAGGAGAUUCAUAACUGGUUGAAAGAAUCUUUUAGCACCUCCAGCCUUUUCUUUGUGGUGUAGGAGUCAGACCAGUGUCCCCACAGACUUUCUGUGCAGGCGAUGUUAAUUUGUGCACUUCUGUCAAUAUGUGGAGCACAUUCCUAUGAACAGAGAUUUCCAAAACAUUCCAUUAAAAAUAACUCACUUCAGGAGAAGCUAAAUGUUGCCAAGAUAUUCUCGGUUUUGUUUGGGGAUACUUGGGAUGGAACCCCAUGGCUGUGUGUAUGGCAGGUAUUUGCUCUGUCCACCAAGUUAAACACUUCAGUUUGCCUUCUACCUACUAUCAAAUGGAUAGAAUCACAGCUUUGAGUCCUUUGCUGAGAAGUCUCAUGAUUUAUCACUUCACACAUCCCUUUUGAAGAGUACCAAAAAUCUGUUUCAUAGAUGCUUGUAACUUCUCUCUUAUUUCUUUCCUUUUUCCCUCCCUUUACACCCCUUCUCUCUUCCUUUUUCUGUGCAGCUCCAGCCAGAGGUUUAUGUUUGAUACUUGCUUUAUACUGGGUCAAGUUGCUAUAAAUAUUUGUGUUUGAUUUGCUUUCUCUCUCACUCACUUAAGGCAGACACGCACAUAGUACAUAGGCGCAAGCACUGUGUUUUCUUUGCUGUUUCUUUAGGAGGUCACACACAGUGGUACCUGGGAUAUGUAAAUGAGACAGAAAUUCAGUAGGUUAAUUUCAGCCUAAGCAAAAAAACAAACAAAAAAACAAUUUUUCCCCCAAAAAGUGACAUGGAAGGAUUAAAAAAAGAUCUAUUUUGUUGGUGUUGGUUUUUUGGAAUGUAAUUGAGUAUGAUUUGAUUUUUCCAUCAGGUGGCCAACAUCUCUGCAUCCUUCUACCUAGCAUGUGGAGCUAAUACAAUUUCUGUCAGGAAUGAGGCUAUAAGUAAGCCUCCAUUUAGCAAAGUAUUCCCUGUUUCAUGUGGCCUGUUGUAGUGGGUUACAGUUGUUUUCCUCAGGAGCUGUACUGUAGCUCUAUCUUGGACAUUGGUUCUCAUCUACCUGUUCAUGCUUUAGACUAAUCUAUGGGGUGUGUUGAAAGAAAAUCAGACUCUGCUUUGUAUCUAGGGGUUGUUGCAGUGGUUUUGCACUGUGGCCUUGAGGUCAGAUUGGUGGGUGGGGGUGGGGAUGGAUGAGUGAGAAUGAACUGAUUCACUGAGUGGGAGUACUCAGACAGGAAGUGCACUUCAGCAUUUCCAGAAGCUUUGCUGCCAGGUCUGCUCACCCAGAGUUUACUAUGUUUAGAAUCAUCAGGGUGCCUUAAUUUAGAGGCUUGUCCAAGCUUUUUAAAGCUAUCAUAGUGCCUUUUCUUAUAUACCUGCCCUCAUACACCAACUGGUAAUUAGGAUUUUUCUUUUUUUAAGAAAUGUUUCAUACUCUGAAGAAGCCAAAUUGGGCACUGUGACUCGAAUCCCUAAAUUUUUGUUGUCAUGGUUGUUGUUUUGUUUUGAGAAAGGAUCUCAGUAUGUGACCCUGGCUGUUGUGGAACUCAUUGUAUAAACCAGACUGGCCUUGAGUUCACAGGAUCAAUCUGUCUUCUUCAAAUUCUGAAAUCUUUUACACACAGAAAACCCUGAAUGACUAAUAACAAAUGACUAAUGAACAAAAAGGAUGGGAUCAUAACUAUGAAAGUAGUCACCUAUGCACCCCAAAGCAGCAGCAUCACAAGAAAGCUCUUAUCAAUAAACAAGAAGGUUUCCUAUGGGAAUGAAUCUUAUGUUCCAGACUUCAAGUUCAAUGUUAUGACCAAGGGAAGGGUCACAUUGAUGCCCAAACCUUUUUAGGUGAUCAAAGUUGUUAGGGAUGUAAGCCUUAAAAGAGUUUAAUUUUAAACAUAUGCAAGUUGUCCUCAAUUUUAUUUUAAAAAUGAUUUGUUAUAAGUACUUUCUGCUAGAUCCUUGCCUUUGAAUGGCUUUAAAACAAUACAGUUAUUUUAAAAAGUGUAUUGGGAAGCAAUGAUGCUGUUCUGUGUUGAAGGCUCAUUUUUGUUUCCUUUCUGGGUUGUAUAUUCAUUUAAUGGAUUAAAGAUUACAACACCAUGUUA